GAGUUUCAUUCUUCAGAUGUUAAAUAAGACAGAACAAACACUCCGGAGGCUUCUCCGAGAUUCUGCAGAAAUAUUUUAUUGAAGUUGUGACUUUUGUAGCUUGUAAGAACCCUCUUUGUCCUCAGAGAGCCUAAUGCCCCCUCCACCAUCCUCUCCCCUCCUCCUCCUCUUCCUCCUCCUCCUGUGUCCUGAGUUGUGGAGCUAUGAAGCUCCUGAGGAUAAGGAGGAUGUGUUUGCUAAAAGAGCCUGUCCUGCCUUCCUGACCUUCAUCAACGUUGCCUUUCUGGCUGGAGUCACUUUGGAGAUGCCCUGCCACUGCAAACCAGAACAGGUCCAGUCAGUUGUUUGGUUCUUCAAGAAACAUCUGGGCAGCUCCAAGGAGACAAGAGUCCUGACAGAUCACCAUGGCAACAAGCUGCUGGACCCCAGUCACAUCCCUCACAGCGGCAGCCUGGAGAGUCGAUUCUCUAUUCGUCUCUUCAGCCUGUUGAUCUUCAGAGCGGGGCCUCACGACUCCGGCAUCUAUAUCUGUGGCUCUGCCCACAAAGACUUCUUCUAUGGUUACGACCUGGACAUUCAGGAGGCGCACACACUCAGCUUCACUCCAAGGCUCACUCCAGAAACUAUAACAGAGGAAAGUAAUGAAACAAAACGACUCGGCUCUGCUCAGCCGUUGUACCGGAUCUUCACCACGUUCCGGCCCUGGUCAGUCUGUGAUCGCUGUGGAGUACCGGGAGAGCAGGUUCGUGUGGGACUCUGCUACGUCCACUCCCACUUCCUGCAUAUACGCUACAGACGGGUCAAUCAGACAGUUGCGUCAUGUGGCUCAGGAGGGGUGCCUUUUGGGCAACUGAUGCGAGUUGGAGCCAAGCUGGAGGUCAAAAGCUGUGAAGUGACUUGUCCAACUCAAGCUCCUCCAUCCUCCAAAAUCCUUGCUCCGAUGGCAUUUCUGGGGUACAAUUCUGAGGAGGUACCAGUGUUGUACUUGAACCACCCUACGGACCGUGUUCUGACCCUGGGCUGUCCCGGGGCACGACCUGACAUGGCUGUGGCAUGGGACAGAGGAUCUGAGCCCAUCUACCGAUCUGAACACUCGGCAGGUCAUAACCUCAGCGCCACGCCCCCCAGGCUGUUGAUAGACACCGGACACCACCUGGUGUUUAACCCUGCAAAAACCCAGGACUCAGGUGUCUACUGUUGCUGGCUGCAGGGUCAGCAGGCCGCCGAGAUACGACUUCUGGUCUACGCCCAUUUGGGGCGAGGACAAUCAGUGACAUCACAUCCUGACUUCCUGACAGCUCUCAAGACUGUGUUAAGAUCAUAUGCUGUCAUGACAGCUGUAUUUUGCAUUCUGCUGUUCGGCAGAGCUGUGGUCAGACACCUCAGAGACACCAGAGAAACACAUUUGGAUUAAACUAAAUAUUGUGA